AUGCCCUCGCCAGUGGUUAUCCGAGGGGACCCCAGGGAGUUCAUGUUCAUCCUGAUGCCAAUUUUGGACGGCUCCGAGACCAAGGGCGUCGACCAGGGCGCUGACGACGGCACUGGCGGCUCCAAAGGCCAGAUCAGCGGCGAUGGCGCGGCCUCCAGCGGAGACGACAUCAACAACCCACGCCGCACUGACACCGUGGUUGAGAUCACCGACAGCGACGAUUCCCGUGACAAGGGCGUCGACGCCAAUGCCGUGAGUGGCAAGAGGAGCGCAACCGAUGUGGCCAUGGAUGACAGCGACGAGGCGCCCCUCACCCAGACGAAGCACCAGCGUCGCAGCCCCGACGUCGCGGGAGCUGGCGACGCCAGCGCCAAGGACACGUUCGAGGACACGCGCGGCUCCAACGACAAGGGCGGCGACACCGAGAUCGGCAAGGGCAACAGCGACCACGGCACAGACAUCGGCAACAUCAAGCACGACGCCGCCGCGGGCGGCCACAUGACAGUCGAGGGGACGGGCUCGUCGCCGUGGCCUCACGACCGCCAGCCAGACAGCUGGGCAUUCAACGCCUCUAUCACCGACGGUGCGCCGCCUGGAGCACCUCCACCACUUCAUGCGCCCGCCCCGCACCUCGGCUCCAUCGGCUUGCAGGCGGCGCCGCUCGGUGAGAUCGGCUUGCAGGCGGCGCGGCUCGGUGAGAUCGGCUUGCAGGCUGCGCCGCUGGCGGAGAUCGGCCUGCAAGCUGCGCCGCUGGCGGAGAUCGGCAUCCAACAGCUGGGGUGGCAGGCCGCGUCGUCGCGGGACGAGGUCGCCAACUUGGCUCAGCUCCCGAAUGACCCCAUGCGCACCAAUGAACCAGCGAGCUUGUCCCAGCUGAUCUCCAAGCUGGCUGACAUAUACAAUCAGGCGCAAGGCAACACGAAGUUGACGGCCGUCCAGAAUGCAUACUUCAACCAGCAGGCGGAGGACGACGACAAGACGAAAGACCGAUUCCUGGAAGAAGCCCAUGCAACGGGCGUCGUACCGUCGAGGGGCGCAUUGGGCAACCGCUUCCAGACCUUCUUGGAUGCGAACCCAGAUGAGAGAAAGAAAUACGAGACCACCAAAGGGAACAUCGCGAAGGCAGACUUCCGCAAGAGGUGGUUCGACGAGGAGUGGGUAAAGUACAAGAAGAGGCGCACGGUGGUGGAGAAUAUGGCGGAGAGCUGGGCUGACUUCGGCACCUACGAGCCGUUCGAGGUCAUUGCAGGCAAGGAGUCUGGGACAGGGAUCACGUCAUCGGGAGCGGAGGCCGCGCUCAACAUCUGCCUCAGUUGCAUCAAAUUGGGCGGAUAUUGGAACAAGUACAACUGGCAGAGCAAACGCAUGGAGCACUUGUACAUGAAGUCGGGGUACAAAUACAAGUUCGAGAAGCAAUGCAGCGAGAUCACUGAGAUGAUGGAAACGAACGCCGCAAUUCCAACCGUUCCAACGGCCCAACCGACCCCAGCUGCUCCAAUGACAAUCGCGGGAGGCGGAACGGCUUCAGCGGCUCCAGCAGUUCUGGAAGGAAGAGACAACGUGGUAGACCCGACGAAGAAGCGCAACAUCGAGAAUGUGACACCACCGCAGCCGACACCAAGGGCGAAGAAAAUGCCGAGAGGAAAAGCUAAGGCUAAGGCGGGCACCGCGCAGACGGGUGACGUCGACGGGAAGACUACCGACGCCGAGCAGGAGAAGGAGAGGAUCAAGCAGCUCAAGAAGACGCAGAAAGCAAACAUGGAAUGCGCGCAGACGUCCAUCUCGGAGUACGGACAGACCGUGACCCAAGCAAACCUCAUCCUGGACAACAUCAAGUCGCUGCCCGAAUGGAAGUGGGCCAACAACUCCGAGGGCGUCUCGGGCCUGCAGGAGAGCCUGAACGCGCUGGUCUCGGCCGCCAUGGGGAGCCAAUUCAUCAAAGAGAUUUUGAUCACUGACAUCGCAAAAGUGAAGAGCCAGAUGGCAGAGGAGACCUUCGACGACAAGAUCGCGUCCGUGACCCCUGCCCUGGAGUCGCCGCUGAAGAAGCUCAAGGCCGAGAUCACCUGCCUGCAGAACAUGCGCAGGGAGAAGCAGAGGCUGGCCAACAUCUAG